GGAAGCUCAGCGUCUGGGCAGAAGUGAAGCCGGUUAGACGCGGUGAAAGGGAAGGACGCGAAGAGAGCCAGGAUGUUGCUGUGGGUGCUGGCCGUGCUGCUCCUGCUCUUCAGCGGUCUGGACGUGUGGUACUUCCUGCGGGCGGCGGCCGUGGUGUUGCGGGCGUGGUUCCAGACCCCGGUGCGGGACGUCCUGGCGGAGCAGAGGUUCCGGUGCUGGGUGGUGCCCCACGACAUCGACCACAUGGGUCACGUGAACAACGCCCGCUACCUGCGGGAGUGCGACUUCGCCCGAUUUUCCUUCUACACCCGCAACGGGGUGUUCCGGGCGCUGUGGGCGACGGGCGGGAGCAUGGUGGUGGGCGCGUCCACCAUCCGCUACCGGCGCUCGCUGUCGUUGGGCGAGGCCUUCGAGCUGCGCAGUCGCGUCGUCGCCUGGGACGACAGGGCCUUUUACCUGGAGCAGCGGUUCGUCUCCUGCGCAGACGGGUUUGUCUCCGCGGUGAUGCUGUGCAAACAGACGCUGAUUCGCAGCACGCCGGACAAGAUCCUGCAGUUCCUCUGCAAGAGGAAGGUGGAGUCCCCAGAGUUCCCAGAGGACCUCCAGCACUGGCUCAGCUUCAUCACAGCCAGCAGCCAGGCCCUGAGAGCAGAGAGCAGCACAGAGGAGAAGAACAAGUGAGAGGAAAAACACACGCACACACACUCA